AUGAGUAGACUUGUUCCCUUCGCUCUUGGUGCCAUCACAGGUACAACAUUUUCAUAUUAUUACCUCCGUAGAGAUGUGUACAAUACUUCUCGUGCAUUAGAGAGUACAAUUUCGGAGACUCAUAAAUUUGUUAAACAAGCUGUAAGCGAAGCUGAGCAAUUGGAAAAGAGGCUUUCCGCAGUUGAACAACAACUAUCAGACCAAAGCACAGUUAUUGCUACAACAACAACUAAUCUCGGACGUUUGAGCAAGAGAGUCAAGGAUAUUGUUGAUAGCAUUGAGGAAGUAACAAAGGAUCAAUAA